AUGGAAAUUCAAACUGGUAACAACAUCACUGAAUUCAUUCUAGUUGGUUUUCCGACACGUCCAGAGUUGCAGCCUGUUCUUUUUGCAGUGUUCCUAACAAUCUAUCUUUUAACUGUCAUCGAAAAUGUCACCAUCAUCAUAACAAUUAAAUGUAAUGUAAGACUCCAUAGGCCUAUGUACUAUCUUCUAUCUAGCCUCUCUUUCCUAGAAAUCUGGUAUGUUACAGUUACUGUUCCUAAUCUUCUCAACAACUUCCUGACUCAGAACAAUAAAAUCUCUUUCUUUGCUUGUAUGAUUCAGUUGUAUGUCUUUAUAUCGUUGGCCUGCACUGAAUGUGUUCUUUUAGCAGCUAUGGCAUUUGACAGAUACAUUGCUAUAUGUUUUCCACUACUCUAUUCGGUCAUCAUGAAUAACACCUUCUGUUUGCAGUUGACAAUCGGCACCUGGGUAUUGGGUUUUUCUGUUGCCCUGGUUAAAGCUAUUUUUAUAUUUACGUUGCGUUUUUGUGGCCCAAAUGUGAUCAACCACUUUUUCUGCGAUAUUUCUCCGAUGCUGAACCUAGCUUGCACUGACAUGUCUUUCACAGAGUUGGUGGAUUUUAUCCUGGCCAUGGUGAUUAUCAUGAUUCCCCUCGUAAUGAUUGUCAUAACAUACAUUUGCAUUCUCUGGGCAGUUGUCAGAAUGCCGAACAACCAGGGACGUCAAAAAGCCUUCUCCACCUGUGUGUCUCAUCUGACUGUUGUCAUUAUAUUUUAUACAACUACAUUGUUCAUAUAUGCAAGACCAAAAAAGGCCGGCCCGUAUAAUAGGAAUAAACUGGUGACUAUUUUGUAUUCUAUUUUAACACCAUUUCUGAACCCAAUAAUUUAUUGUCUGAGAAAUGAAGAAGUAAAGAAGACAAUAAAGAAGUCAUUUGUAACAUUGCAUGGCAUAGUUUUAGGGUCAUUGUCAUUUCCUACAACCAAAUGA